GUUUGUGUGGGCUUCCCAGCCCAUAUCAUUAACAAAAAGCCCAAAAAUAAAUUACAGGCAGCAUUUCCGCGUCGGUUCAUUUAGAUGACCAUCGCCGCACCGCAGCUACCUAAAUAAAACGGGGUUGGUAUCGAAUUACACCGAAGGGUGAAUCCGGAAACCCAAAAUCUCUGCAGUUACCCCCGUGCCUGAGAAGGAAAAGAUGUCAGCUAGGUUGCUAAAGAAAGUAUUGAAAGAACAAGAACUGCAAAAGCAACACGUAAUUGAGCAAGAAGAGGAGGAGGAGCUAAACGACGGCGAAUCGGAGUCGCCGGAUUCCGGCGCUCGUUCUUCAAAGAAUCCAUUCGACCUCCUCAACGAAGGUGACGAGGCGGACGAAGAUAACGCUGACAAGGUCGAUGUACCGGGAGUUGCUGAUGAAGCCUUGACCAGAAAACCAGAACCGCCUUCAUUGAAAAGUACUGCCAAUGUAGCUUCUGCAUCUAACAACAAAUCAAAGAAAAAGAAGAAAAAGAAAAGCAAAGAGGGUGCUUCAAGUACGGAUAACCAUGAAACACCUUUGGAUGUGACUUUAGAUACUUUAUCUUUGGAUUUUAAUUCUUCUAGUCAUCAGUCGGGUCCUUCCAAACCUAUAUCAGAAAACAUUAAACAGUCUACACCGUCUAUAGUACUUGUGGACCCUAAGUAUCUGAAUGUCGAGAAUGAGCUGCGGAGAAUAUUUGGUUCUAAGGUGGUCAAGUCAUUUGAGAAAAGCAAUCAAAGCAGCAGUUCCAGACAGGUACGUGGUGGAAGACGGGGAACCCAUCAUAUUAGGAAGACUGUUUUGAUAUCUCCAUCAGACCAUUGGCCUCGAUGGGAUGGAUCUUUGUCAAUGGAAUUUCUGGAAUCUAAGGAUGGGUACCAUUACUUCAGAUAUGCACACUCGUCGUCCUAUGAACAAGCUCAGAGAGCAUUUGAAGCUGCUCAAGCUAUUCAUGACCUGAAUGGCGUAGCAAGUGUUCUGUUGUAUCAUCCUUAUCAUUUAGAUUCACUUAUAACCAUGGCAGAUUAUUUUAAAUUUGUGGGUGAGCAUCAGAUGUCUUCUGAUGCUAUUGCAAAGUGUUUAUAUGCCUUGGAAUGUGCAUGGCAUCCUAUGUUCACUCCCUUGCAGGGUAAUUGCCAAUUGAAGUUCAGUCAUGACUCAAACAAGCCAUUAUUCAAAGCACUUUUCACUCACAUGAAAAACAUGGAUAGGCGAGGCUGUCAUCGAUCUGCACUAGAAGUUUGUAAGUUGUUGCUUGCACUUGAUUCAGAUGACCCAAUGGGAGCUAUGUUCUGCCUCGACUACUUUGCUUUGAGGGCAGGGGAGUAUGCUUGGUUGGAACGAUUCUCUGAAGACUAUCGAAGUGAUAACUCCUUAUGGCUGUUCCCAAAUUUUUCUUACUCCCUUGCUGUUUGCCGGUUUUAUCUUGAGCAAGAGGAAUCCUCCCAUAUUACUAGUGUGGACACCACAAAGGCUUCUUCAGUUGAUCUUAUGAAUCAGGCUUUGAUGCUCCAUCCAUCUGUCCUCAAGAAACUAGUAGCCAAGGUCCCUUUAAAAGAUCAGGCAUGGACAAAUAUACUCAAAAAUUCCUUUUUCCAUUCUGAUCAAAUGGGGAUCCCAUCUUUGGAUCACCUGAUUAAUAUUUACGUUGAAAGAAAUUAUCUCAUAUGGAGGCUUCCUGAUCUGCAAAAGUUACUUCGGAAUGGUGCCUUCCUUGUAAUUCAAACACUGGAACAUAAUAAAAGUGAUGCUAAAAAUUGGGCUUGUGUGAGAAAAGAAGCAUUCUCAUCUGACAAAAACGAGUAUGGUCAUUUGUUGGUUCAGGACUUCUCUGACACAGUGCAGACUCUUCCUCCUGAUAAUCUGCAAAACUUUAUGGUUGACAUGAGGGAAGCUGCUCAGAUUGGGGGUCAGGUUGCCAAUCUACCUGCUGGUGGUCAUGCUCCAGUACCACGUGAUGUUGCAAAUCGCAAUCCAUUGGCUGUCUUGUUUGAGUCGCUGCUACCAUGGGUUAAUUAUGGAGCUGCAGAAGAUGGCAUGGUUGACGAAAACCAAGUUAAUAGGCAAGGUCAAGACAAUGAAGAUCUCUGAGUUGCAAUGUAUUAAGGAUUGACAGAAAGCUUUUGGGCAAAAUAAUCCAGUUUUCAAUAAUGUCUCUGAUACAUAUAUUUCAGUUUCAUGUGAAGGAGUAAAAUUCUCACACUGUUCAAGCUGGAAGAGGUUCUUGCAUGUACGAAGAUUUUUGUGGGUAAUCAAAGCCAACUCUGUUGUCAAUUUUUGUAGACAUUUUUGGAGCAUCCUGUAAAACUGAUUAAGUUCAUUGCCUUUACAUGGAAUAUAAACAUAGUAGUUCUGCCAUUUUGGGAAAAUUUUGUUUAUCAUAAUUGUAGAAUGCACAAUGCUUGUGAAAUUGUUAAUGCUAUCCAGCACUGGUUUUGACUCAUCCAUUGGAUCCAUUUAGGUUGUCAAGUCUUCAUUCUUUAAUUGGUGGAUAUUCUGUAGUGUUUGGAUCAUCGAGACUUGGCUGCUAGCCUUUCUAGCAAAUAAGUAUGCAAAAUUGAAUUUGUUGAACCAACUGCCGUACUAAACAUGAUUAGGAACCCUUGUAUUUUAUUUCUGGAGAUGAAGAGCUAUUGUGUUUGCAGCAAGAUUAGACCAUGAAAUGUCAUGUUUAGGAUGCUAUGCGCACAGUGCUAAACGAAUUUGGUUGAUAUCAGGAUUUUUCUGUUGAAGCAGUAGACUUAAACUCAAUAAUGAAAAUAUAGGGGCAUCAAGCAGAUUGCACCCUGUUUAGAACAACAAUUGUACAAACCAAGGAAUGGAAUAUAAAAACAUUUUCUUUACAAAGGUGGCAUCCUAGAAAUAAG